UUCUCUCCCUCUCUCUCUCUUCGAACGCAACUUUUGCAGAAAUCUCUCCCUCUCUCCGCCCCCCCCCAACACACGCACAGACAUGUUGAGCUGAGAAGGUCGGGGGAUCGUUCCUGUCCCCCCCCCGGCCCCUAAAUCUGGGGGACCUCCAGCCACCCCCCCUCCCCACUUGACCCGUUCACUGGGCGACGACCCCCACCCCUCCCUCCCACCCUCCGCCCCCCCCCUUCCCUGCCCAUCUUCUAUUUUUGCUUCUCCUCCUUCGGCGGCUGGUGCAGCAGUAACAGCUCCUGGAUGGACCCCUCCGCGGCUUCCCCUCGCCCGCCGCCUUCCUCCGGCAACUGAAGCGAGAUGCAGGAGGCUGGUGGCCGCUUCGGCUGUACGGAGAGACACAGGCGCAAGAUGGCAGAUUUCUAUUGAGUUUAAAGGGGCGGUGGGGGAAGCCGAAGUCCUGCUUCGUUUUUUCUUCCGUUGCCAUGAAUAACAGGAUCCCUUGCACCGAUGGCUCCCAUGUACGAAGGUAUGGCCUCCCAUGUGCAAGUUUUCUCUCCUCAUACCCUUCAAUCAAGUGCCUUCUGUAGCGUGAAGAAACUAAAAGUCGAACCAAGUUCUAACUGGGAUAUGACUGGGUACGGCACACAUAGCAAAGUCUAUAGUCAGAGCAAAAACGUGCAAUCUUCUCAAGCGGCCGCUGCCAUCAAUGCCUCUCUCCAAAUUCCAAACCCCAGCAUCCCUUAUGAGCAGACCAUCAUCUUCCCAGCCAGCACCGGGCACAUUGUGGUAACAUCUGCCAAUAGCACCUCUGGUGUGGUUGCAGUAUCUGGGCAGGCAUUGGGUGGACCACACAACCUGAUGCGUCGAAGCACUGUGAGCCUUUUGGAUACCUACCAAAAAUGUGGACUUAAACGGAAAAGCGAGGAAAUCGAGAACACAAGCAGUGUUCAAAUUAUUGAAGAGCAUCCACCGAUGAUUCAGAAUAAUGCCAGUGGGGCCACAGUAGCCACCACAACAACGUCCACUGCCACAUCCAAAAAUAGUGGCUCCAACAGUGAAGGGGAUUACCAGUUGGUACAACAUGAAGUGCUGUGUUCCAUGACCAACACAUACGAAGUAUUAGAAUUUCUUGGCCGUGGUACUUUUGGGCAAGUUGUGAAAUGCUGGAAACGUGGCACCAAUGAAAUUGUGGCCAUCAAGAUUCUUAAAAACCAUCCUUCUUAUGCCAGGCAAGGUCAAAUUGAAGUGAGCAUCUUGGCUCGGUUAAGCACUGAAAGCGCAGAUGAUUACAACUUUGUCCGAGCCUACGAAUGUUUCCAGCACAAGAACCACACCUGCUUUUUUGAGAUGUUGGAACAGAACUUGUAUGAUUUUUUAAAGCAAAACAAGUUCAGUCCAUUGCCCCUUAAGUACAUCAGGCCAAUAUUACAGCAGGUAGCCACAGCUCUCAUGAAAUUGAAAAGCUUGGGUUUGAUCCAUGCUGACCUCAAGCCAGAAAAUAUCAUGUUGGUGGAUCCAUCUCGGCAGCCCUAUAGGGUCAAGGUUAUUGACUUUGGUUCUGCUAGUCAUGUGUCCAAAGCUGUGUGCUCAACUUACCUUCAGUCCAGAUACUACAGAGCCCCUGAAAUCAUCCUUGGUUUACCCUUCUGCGAAGCAAUUGACAUGUGGUCUUUGGGAUGUGUCAUUGCAGAACUUUUUUUGGGUUGGCCAUUAUAUCCAGGAGCUUCAGAAUACGAUCAGAUCCGGUAUAUUUCACAGACACAAGGAUUGCCAGCUGAAUAUUUGUUAAGUGCAGGAACAAAGACCACAAGAUUUUUCAAUAGGGACACUGAUUCACCAUAUCCACUGUGGAGGCUAAAGACACCAGAUGACCAUGAGGCAGAGACGGGUAUCAAGUCAAAAGAAGCAAGAAAGUACAUUUUUAACUGUUUGGAUGACAUGGCACAGGUAAAUAUGACAACAGAUUUGGAAGGAAGUGAUAUGUUGGUGGAAAAGGCAGACCGGAGGGAGUUCAUCGAUCUGUUAAAGAAAAUGUUGACGAUAGACGCAGAUAAGAGGAUAACGCCAAUUGAAACACUCAACCACCCAUUUGUCACCAUGACACACCUGCUUGAUUUCCCCCACAGCACCCACGUUAAGUCCUGUUUUCAAAACAUGGAGAUUUGCAAGCGGCGAGUAAACAUGUAUGACACUGUGAAUCAGAGCAAAACACCAUUCAUCACCCAUGUCGCCCCAAGCACAUCAACCAAUUUAACCAUGACCUUCAAUAACCAGCUCAAUACAGUUCAUAACCAGGCCACCACUCUGGCUCCCACUUCCACUACCAGUGCCACUAUUUCCUUAGCCAACCCUGAUGUCUCCAUACUAAACUACCAAUCUGCACUCUACCAGCCCUCGGCAGCGUCCAUGGCCGCGGUGGCUCAGAGGAGCGUCCCUCUGCAGACAGGCACAGCGCAGAUAUGUGCUCGUCCUGAUCCUUUCCAGCAAGCCCUUAUCGUAUGUCCUCCAGGUUUUCAAGGAUUGCAAACUUCCCCUUCAAAGCAUGCUGGCUAUUCAGUCCGGAUGGAGAAUGCAGUUCCCAUAGUCACUCAGGCUGCUGGGGCUCCGCCCCUUCAGAUCCAACCAGGGCUUUUAGCACAGCAAGCCUGGCCGAGUGGCACUCAGCAAAUCUUGCUUCCUCCAGCUUGGCAGCAAUUGACCGGGGUAGCUACUCACACCUCAGUCCAGCAUGCUACUGUAAUCCCAGAGACCAUGGCAGGGACUCAACCACUGGCAGACUGGAGAAAUACACAUGCUCACGGUAGCCAUUACAACCCCAUCAUACAACAACCUGCACUUUUAACAAGUCAUGUCACCCUUCCAGCAGCCCAGCCUUUAAAUGUGGGUGUAGCUCAUGUCAUGAGGCAACAACCAACCAGCACCACCUCCUCAAGGAAGAGCAAACCGCACCAAUCAUCUGCAAGGAAUAUGUCCAACUUUGAGGUAUCUUCUUCUCAAACGAUCAGCUCUCCACAGCGGUCUAAGCGAGUAAAGGAGAACACCCCUCCUCGUUGUGCGGUGGUGCACAACAGCCCAGCCUGCAGCACCUCUGUCACAUGUGGGUGGGGAGAUGGACCUUCUAGUACUACAAGGGAACGACAGAGACAAACAAUAGUCAUCCCUGACACCCCCAGCCCCACAGUCAGUGUUAUCACAAUCAGCAGUGACACCGAUGAGGAAGAGGAACAGAAGCAUGCACCUACAAGCCCCCUGUCUAAGCAAAGAAAAAACGUCAUCAGCUGUGUAACUGUGCACGAUUCGCCAUAUUCUGAUUCCUCUGGCAACAGUCCAUACGCAGUGCAACAUCGUGGCGGAAACAAUAAUGGAAACAAUUAUGAGACAAAGGUUGCACCAGAGUCACACUGUAAUGGCAAUCCUCGGACGAUCAUUGUACCACCGCUGAAAACCCAGGCCAGCGAAGUCUUAGUAGAAUGUGAUAGCUUGGUACCAGUCACUACCAGUCACCACUCAUCUUCCUGUAAGUCAAAGUCCUCUAGCAUUGUGACCUCGACCAGUGGUCACUCUUCAGGGAGCUCAUCUGGAGCCAUCGCCUACAGGCAGCAGCGGCCAGGACCACACUUCCAGCAGCAGCAGCCUCUUAAUCUCAGCCAGGCGCAGCAACACCUUGCAACCGGGAGCCAUCGACGGCAACAGGCUUACAUUACUCCAACAAUUGCUCAGGCACCAUAUUCCUUCCCACACAACAGUCCUAGCCAUGGCACAGUCCAUCCUCACUUGGCUGCAGCUGCCGCCGCCCAUCUGCCAACUCAACCUCAUCUAUACACAUACACAGCACCCGCGGCUCUGGGUUCCACAGGCACCGUGGCUCACUUAGUGGCUUCCCAAGGCUCAGCCCGACACACCGUACAGCACACUACUUAUCCAGCCAGCAUCGUCCACCAAGUUCCGGUCAGCAUGGGCCCCCGUGUCCUUCCAUCACCCACAAUCCACCCAAGUCAGUAUCAAGCUCAGUUUGCCCAUCAAACCUAUAUCAGUGCAUCUCCAGCCUCCGUCUACACUGGAUAUCCCUUAAGUCCUACAAAAAUCAACCAGUACCCGUACAUCUAAACACUGGAAUGAGGAAAACGAAAAGACAUUUCAGCGCACAUGGAGAGGAUCACGGCUGCUUUUAUACUGAAGAAUGUCACAGGCAAAUGAACAAUGCAAAUGGGAGAUUCCGACAAAACUUGAACGAAGGAGACUUUAAGGAAGAAAGCAGACAAAAGAAGACGAGACACGUUCUACACUUUUAUUUAAAAAAAGAAAGAAAAGAAAGAAAAAAAACUAAAAAGAAUGAAAAAUAAAAAUACAAAAAAAUAAAUAAAAUUCUGCACCAAACCACAUAGUGGGAGAAGCAGAAGGACCACUGUUGUCUGGUCCUGUUUUGGAUUACUUCACCAAGAGACUUUUACAGAUUAUUUUCAUCUGAUUACAGGAGACUCCGUUUAGGAAUUCGUUGUUCAAAUCUUCUAAUACAAAGUUUCAUAGGUGUUUGGGUAUAUUUUUUUUAAUUAAACAAAGAAGCAUACAAAUUAGGGAUUUAUCCAGAAUUUCAAAAGGGUUAUGACUUUGUCUUUGCACUGGUUGCUGUAACCCAAAAUAAAUAAAAACACAACAAAAAGUGUGAUGUGUUCUCUGUUGGUAAUGGAAUGAGCAAAAACCGAGAGCUGUUUUGGAUUAUUCCAGCUUUCCCAAUAAG